GUCCACGUCCAUCCCAUAACAUGAAUUUCUCUUGUAUAUAUAUAUAUGCACAUUCACACACAAUAAACAAACCAAAUUCCUAUAAGCAGAGAAAAUUGUCUCGUAGAAAGAUUCCAAAUCCCCAUUUUCUCCAAAACCUCCAAAAAUCUUGAAAACCCCAUUUGUUAAAUCGUCAACAAAAUGGCUACAAAAGUAAUGGAAGUGGUAAAGAAUCUUGAUUUAAAGAGGUACAUGGGUAGAUGGUAUGAACUCGCUUCAUUCCCAUCAAGAUUUCAGCCCAGAGAUGGAGUGAACACAAGGGCUACUUAUACUUUGAACACAGAUGGCACUGUACAUGUGCUGAAUGAGACAUGGAGUAAUGGCAAAAGAGGAUUUAUUGAAGGAACUGCUUAUAAGGCUGAUCCUAAAAGUGAUGAGGCAAAAUUGAAAGUCAAGUUUUAUGUACCACCAUUCUUACCUAUUUUUCCUGUUACUGGGGAUUAUUGGGUUUUGUAUAUCGAUGAGGAUUAUCAGUAUGCUUUGAUUGGUCAGCCUAGUAGGAGGUAUUUAUGGAUAUUAUGUAGGCAAACAUGUCUUGAUGAUGAGAUUUACAACCAGCUCGUUGAGAAGGCUAAAGAAGAAGGCUAUGAUAUAAGUAAGCUCCACAAGACACCACAAUCUGACUCCCCACCCGAGAGUGAAGAUGGCCCCAAGGACACCAAAGGAAUUUGGUGGAUCAAAUCAAUCCUUGGAAAAUAGGCAAAGACAGUACAAUGGAAGGAAAAAAACAAGAAAACUAUCCAAAGACCAAUGAAAUGAGGUGUUUAUAAAACUGCUUUUAGUGUGUUAAAUCCAAUAUGUUUAAAGCUUUUAUGUUUUUACAAGUCUUUUUCCUCUGAAACUAUGUAAAGUUGAUAGUAUUGAAUGUGUGUGGUUUGUGUUUGAA